CUCACACAGCAGCACGCAACCCUUGCAGUACUACGUCAAUUGAAACCAUGAAAGCCUUAUGACAGUGACUUUCCUCUGAUGGCUUCUAAACUCAUGGAUGCGGCUAUCCUUGUCGACGACGACAAUAUGGAAAAUCAUAAUCCCCACGUCAGUCCGAACCCGCUCAAAUGCCCUCCUGCGCCUCUGCACCAGCUCUCGCCGGAGCGCAUCAAUCAACAACGCAUCCCUCAAUCGCCCUCUCUACACAGCUACCUUGUUGAGCACGAUCGACCCAGCACCCGUGACUCCUUCACGUCGGACGUUCAGUCCAAAGUCGCUUUCCUGAACAACUUGGCGGCAAACACCAGCGUUCAAUCGUCACCUACUCGGCCCAGAAGGCUCGGGGCCGGACUCCCGGAUAACUGCAGUGGCACCCCUAAUCAUAAUCUUAAUACCAACAAUGCUCUGCAGCGGGCGGUCAUGGGAUACGAGGAAGCACAGGCAAGUCUCGCCAGUCUGAACGCCGAGCUCGAGCGGGCCAAGGAAGAGCUGGCCUCCAAGAAGAAAAGGGAGAGGAUGCUCUCACAACGCGUCGAGGAUCUCCUGGAAGAACUGCAGGCCGACAAGGAGAAGAGAGGUCGAGACCAGGAGUCCUACACGAAAGAAAUCAAGCGGUGUCGCAAGGAGACGUACCGCGCUGAAUUGGCCGUCGUGGAGGCGCGGCAGGAUCUGCAAGAAGUGAGGGCCGAGUUGAAGAAAUGCCAGGCCGAGAUACAGCACGAGAAGACGGAGAAGGAGAAGAGUCGUCAGGAGAGUUUCGAGAGGGCUUACGCGCUGGCAGGAAUGGUGGGCGAGAUGGAUCAGCUUAGGGACCGGCUGAAAGCUGUGGAAAAGGAGAGGGACGCGGCCUUGUUGGAGGCAAAAGCAACGGUUGUCGAAAAGAAUGCGUCUCUGGAGAAGGGUGUUCAGACUGAGUCGCGAGAGGCUCAAAAUGAUGGCGCAGGGACCGAAACCCCGGUGAAACAGGAGGAGGGAAAGGCAUUCCAGGGAAAAGAAAAGGUUCGAUCUCCGCAUCAUUCGGAUAGCGAGAGCGAUAUUCAGUCUGUCUCCCAGUUUCGGAUGAUACCACCCUCAGCGUCAACGAGUCAUACGAUAUCUGGAGGCCCUGCCCGUCUGGUCCCCUUCAAAAUGCCCGACUUCGCUGCUGCGAUAUCUCGAUUGGAUUACUACGACAAGCAGCUAGGAGGAGAGAAGAUCACUCCCGAAGAAGAAGUCGAGUUUCUCAAGCAAGAGCUCGCUUGGGCACGGAAGAAGCAUGAGGAAGACUCGGAUUUGAUUCAUUUCAUGCAUAUGCAGUGCCAGUUCAAGGCAUGUCCGUGUCGACUGGCUGAAUCAAACGGCGAGCGCUUUGUUCACGAUCAAGUUUAUGAUGCAAAGAUGCAGCAGCAGCGCGCAUCAAAAAAGAGGAAGCUCUCGAAUGAUGAGGAGAAAAGGCCGGUUCUUGAAGAAAGUCACAAGAGAUUUGCGGAACAGCCACUCACAGGCAAAGACAUGCCUGCUCAGAAUAAGCCGAAAGCAGAACCUCCAUCAAUAGAGAGUGAGCCAGCCAGACUUCCACCUGACCCGACGCCAGAGUUGAUGGACAAGACAUCAGAAGAACCUCUGGUUCUCGAAGAAGCUAUCGAAGUGCCCCUCCCGGACCCAGACCCCAUGGAGUUGGACUCGAGCACCACUACACCGGACGCGACGGCCCAGUUGGAGGAAAUCACGCAAGUUUUGGUUGAGCCAGCAACAGGGUCACAACCAUUCUCUUUUUCAACAUCUAUCACAAGCAAUGCUGGCAUUGGGACUGCAGCUCCGCCACUUCGACAUACUGAGAGUGCGUCGGCAGUGCUUGACCAAGACCUCUUUGACCUCUCGCCACCAAAACAAGCGCCUCCAAGACGACCGUCUACGGCGCUGGGUAUCUUGACUGUCGACUCCCCUAUCCGACUAGUGCCGGAUUCACCACGCUCAGUCAGGUCUUUUCAGCGUGAAAGCGUGCGAACUCUCACGAAGGAACGGAACACUGCCUUCACGCCAUCAGUCACGACCACUACCACAAAAAUCGCACUCAAAGACUCGCCCUCCCGCGGUAGCCUGCACAGGCGAGCACAAUCAAAACCGAAUCUUCGGGGCCAGUCACCUUUGGUGGCCUCAGUCAUGUCUCACCACGAUGAUGGAGACGCACAAUCUACAUUUGUAAAAGACUCUUCGGCUUCUCCCGCAGCGAGCACUUUGUUUCCCGUGACGCCCUUGCACAAGCAUUCGAGGUCGAUGCAUAAUCUGGCUCAACAUGCGCAGACGCAGGCUCAUGUUCAGGGUCAAGCUCAAGCGCAAGUUCCCGGUCAUGCAAGAAGUCCGGAGUCGAGUGCUGCUACAACUACAACCACAACGACCACGACACGAGUGCCUCUUAGAGAAGCGGUUGACGCAGAUGAUGUGUUCAGCCCGGAGCACCGUUCGAAUCGAAACGGAUACGAUCACGCUCAAACCGAAGUCCUGAACAUCAGACUGGACUCGGAUCCAGGCAGAGAACCAAUUCCCCAGGCACAAUCUAGAGUGACCUCGCUCGCAAGCUCAGCAAUGCUCUCCAACGUCCCUGGGACUCCGAUCUCAAGGGAGGCGGCGCUGGCACAGAUUCGGGCACGGAGAGAUCGAGCCAGGAGCGUCAAUCUCAAACGCUCUGUUGAAGGCCAUGGCAAAGGAGUAAAUGGCACAAGGAGUCCGACGAAGCCCCGCCCUGGGGUGUUGAAUGGAAGCAGCGGGCUGUUCCAAGCAGUCGGAAAGGAGAAUGCGCGCAGGGAGAUCAGCCAAGCGAGCGCGCCGGGACGGCUUGCUUUCUGAGUUGCGCUACAUAGGUAAUCUCCAACGCAUGGCGAGGCCGGCUGAGUGGCCGAUGACUGACGGAAUGAGUUUGACUUUGGAAACGGAUGGACGAGAAGGACACGGUUCAAUUGGCUAGUGGCGAGGCUAUCUCGACCUGUGCACAGACAGACAGACUUUGUUAAUCGACGCCUUUCCACUAUUUUCUUGAACAUUGAAGGAGCCACCGUAACCCC